AACCGUAAUUAUCUUGGCACUCAAUUAUUCGCCGAUCCACCACACCGCGCCAGCCCAACGCGUCCGCCAUCACGUCACGUCACGUCGCGUCUCCCAGCUCCACGAAAUCCAACUCUAUCAACCUCACCUCCACAAUGUCAACCGCCGCUAAUAAAAUCCAGAACCCCGACGAAAUAGUCCUCGAGCUCACGCAAGCCGAGAUAUGGGACGACUCGAUGCUAGUGGAAGCGUGGGAUGAGGCUAUGGGGGAGUACAAGAAGUACCACAGUAUCGCGGCGACCGGAGAGGAUCCGAAGAUUCUCGUCGAAACCAUGGAGAAGGGAGCCGCUGUUCCUGUUGUUCCUGAUGCUGUUGCUGGUGCUGUGAUUGCGAGCAGUAGUAGUGGAGAGGCGAAAAUUAUUGGCCCGGUGAUGCCGAGGACGGAGGAUCAGGAUCCGACGCAGAUGGAGAUUACUAUUGAGGAAUCGCCGCCGCCUGCUGUCAAAGAACCUGAGACGGAGACGGAGACGGUGAAGGCGGAAGCGGUAGCAGUGGAGACCGAAGCUGCGCCGGCCGGACAAGAGCCCGCAGCCUUGACCCCUCCUUCAGCCGCAGCGCCUUUUCCGUUCUCCGUACAGCACCCCGCCGGCGCGGCCGCGGGUUACGCCAUCGGCGGCAACGACGAAGUGAUGCGUAACCUCAUGAUGUCGUGGUAUUGGGCUGGGUAUUAUGCUGGGCUCCACGAGGGCCGACAGCAAGGCCAGCAACCGCAGCAGUAGUGGUAGGGUAGGCGGAGGCAGAGGCGGUUACUGGGACGUGAUACUCCGAGGGGAGGUUUGUAUCCAGUUCGGUAGGUCGAGGUUGAGAAAACAAUAAUGGAACUGGAAGGCCAAAUGAAACAUCCAUCACGGUGAGGCUGUC